AUGAGUUCUUUUGGCAAAAGCAGUGGUCAGAAUGCUGCAGUGGUGCCAACACCCCGAGGUCGAGGUGCCAACAGCAAUGCUGGGGUCACAGUGCGUUCCAAGUUAGCGGCGCCUCUAUCGACGCAGACGGCGGGAACACGCAGAGCUGUUCACGGCGGAGCGGGCGAUGGAGGAUCCGAUGCGGCUUGGAAGCAGCCCGGUCGUCGGCUGGUCAUGACUGGUCCACCUGCUCGGCUGGUCCAGCCCACUAUAGCCUCGUCUUUGCGGGCCAACACCAACAGGCAGACGGUGAAGCAGCAGUUUGAGCAAGCAACUCUUGUGAAGGGCAGAUCAGGAGGUCCACCGCCAAAGGGAACCGAACCGGAAGUCAAGAAGCCGCCCAAGCAGCGGGUAAUGUCCGAAGCGGCCAAACAGGCGGCCCGAGCCCGUCUCUGGCCAAACAAACCGGCCGGCGGAGGCUUCAACUCGAAUCUGCGCAAGGACAGACUUCCAGUUCCUCAGGAACCCAGUCCUUUGUCGGAAUACGAGGCCAUGCUGGAGGAGGCAGAGGCCAAAGAGGCGAAACCAAAAGAGCUUCUGGAGACGGGUAUCCAGACGAACGAGGCGGAGAUCCUUGACCAUAAACUAGUCCUGGGCGGAUUAAAGACUGUAUGCCCCUCGGCUCACCUGGUCGAUCAGAUUGAUCGGGAGAGGCGCGAGCUAAAGGCGAAAAAGGAGCGACAGUCGACGCGCAGGUUCGCAGCCCACGAGCAGCAGGAGGAACUGCAUCUGGACGAGCUGAGGGAGUUCUCUCUACGGAAUGCCGUGACCAAGCGGACGCCCAAGAAGCCACCGCCGAUCCAGUAUGCCCCCUAUGACAACCAGUACCAGAACGUGUUUAAGUCAAUGGACGAUUUCUUCAGCCGCGUCCAGUCUUCCGUGCCCAAGUCGGAAUCCGUGACCAACAUCCAGGAGCGCAUUAAGCGCAAGGAGCAGGAGCUGCUGAGCCUCUUCGACAACGUCGACCUAAACGAGUAAACACGAAACGGAUCAAAUUCACAGCCAAUGAUAUUUCAAAUUAAUUGUGUCGUACUGGUAAAUGAAAAGUUAUUUUUAAAAAA